GAAGGAAUAAAACGUAUUAAAAUUAGUAUUUCGUUUCUUUUCUUUCCUGCCCCCUCGCCUGCCUCUCCCCAGUCCCGUAUUCGCAGCUUUUCAUGGUUGGUGGUAUGGGUGCUGACGCUUAUGGCCCAGCCCAGCCCCCAUGGUUUAAAGUGAGAGACCAGGUCCAGAUGCUGAGAACCGGGAGACAGAGAGAAGCGGCGCGGUCAGAGAACGCAGACGCGUCUGUGCGCAACAGUAGACGGAGACGCUCCAAGGUGCAGCCGGUGGCAGCAGAUGGUUGAUGCUGCGCAGAAAACGGUUCAGGUUUAUCGCUUUAUUUGUGUGAGAGUUCAAAAGGGAUGUUCAAAAGUAAAGCGGAGGGUUUGAUUUAAAGUGGAGAAUCGUGAGUAAAACAAUAGGGAGCGCGCAUGGAGACGCGUCUGGAGCCGGUGGCUUGAAGGGAGAAAACAAAAACAUCAUGAACUUGUCAGAGUCCGUGUGGCUCCUGGGAGAGCAAUGGAACCUCACCACGCUGGAAGAGGAUGAGGGGAAGAAACGUUUAUUCGGGAUUGGCACGGAAAACUUCAUCACGCUGCUGGUUUUUCUGUUGAUCUUCACACUGGGCGUGCUGGGUAACUCCAUGGUAAUCACCGUGCUCGCCCGGAGCAAGCCCGGCAAGCCGCGCAGUACCACCAACAUCUUCAUCCUGAACCUGAGCAUCGCAGACCUCUCCUACCUGCUCUUCUGCAUCCCCUUCCAGUCCACCAUUUACAUAAUGAACACCUGGGUCCUGGGAGCUUUCAUCUGCAAAUUCAUCCACUAUUUCUUCACCGUGUCCAUGCUGGUGAGCAUCUUCACCCUGUCUGCCAUGUCCGUGGACCGGUACAUCGCCAUCGUGCACUCCAGAAAGUCGUCCACGAUCCGCGUGGCGAGGCACGCUCUGAUCGGCGUGGUGGUUAUCUGGAUCCUCUCCCUGGCCAUGGCAGCGCCCAUCAUGCAUUACCAGAACCUCUUCCACUGGAAGGAUAACGAAACCUUCUGCUGGGAAGUGUGGCCGGAUCAGAAUCAGAAGAAGGUCUACGUGGUGUGCACUUUUGUUUUUGGUUAUAUCUUGCCCCUGUUGCUGAUUUCCUUCUGUUACGCAAAGGUGAUAAAUCACCUGCACAAAAAACUGAGAAAUAUGUCCAAAAAGUCAGAGGCUUCAAAGAAAAAGACUGCUCAGACAGUGCUGGUGGUGGUGGUGGUGUUCUGCCUGUCCUGGCUCCCUCAUCACGUUGUUCAUCUCUGGGCGGAGUUCGGGACCUUUCCACUGACCCAGGCCUCCUACGUGUUUCGGGUGGCUGCACAUUGCCUGGCGUACAGCAACUCAUCUGUAAACCCUGUCAUCUACGCUUUUUUGUCAGAGAACUUCAGGAAGGCUUACAAGCAAGUCUUUAAAUGCCAGAUUGGCCACGGCGACUGCCCGCUCAACGACAUUAAGGAAAUCCGCAGCAAGGCAGAUACUCCCCCAUCAACUAACUGCACCAACGUUUGACUGGCUGUGCCUGGUAACAUGAACAUUUAUUGAGAUGGUACACUCAAACUCACUUUGAGUCAACAAGACUCACCCAGGGUGAGUAUUGCUGAUACUCACCCUGGGUGAGUUUGAGGGUGUUAAUCAGGAUGAGUAUUGCUCAUUGUCAUGUUUCACACAAGUGUGUGUCAUUGUACCUGGACUGAAGCUAAAAGGAUCUCAGUCUGAUCACAUGAGAAGUCUGCAGUGUCUAAAACCCGAGAGCACAGUGAGACAUCAAGGUAGAUAAUUAAAGAUCACUUCAUAAUGUAUUUAUAUUGGUAUAACAUUCAAACAUGAGGUCAUUUAACCCUCUGACUUAAUAAGUAUCGAUGUAUUUAGUACAGUUUUACUUUUCACCAACUUGAGGCAUAACCACCUGUUGCUGUGGAACAUGUUUCAAGUGGGUUUUUUUGUGUCUGAAGAACAAAUGCUAUUUUUUCCAUUUAUACAGCUUCAUGCAAUUUACAGAAUUGCUUAUUCCAGCAUGUUCUAAUUGCUGGUUGUAGUUUUGUUGAGUUAAACGUCAUUUUGUAUCUUGUUGGCGCAAGAACACUGUUCUGGAAAGCUAGCUUGCAUGUUUAAGAUGUCAAAAUAACUCUUUCUUUAAAAAAGAAUUACAGCAUUCAGGAACCUAAAAUGGUAACGACAUCAUCUGUCACAAGGAUAUUACCAUGUGUGUUGUUUCCUUCAGGCUGUAAAUUAAAUUUAGCUUGCUAAUGGAAUUACUUCAGCGUGGGCAGAGGGAAUAACAAAGGCUAGCUACCCAGACAAUGGCUUUUGCUUCUGAAGGAUAUCAAGUAAAUCUAUAUUCUCCUUGUUUCCCAAAGCUGCUCUGUUCUUCUCUGUCAAGUUUAAUUGAAAUACCCAAAUUCCAUUUCUGAACCACGAAAUAGAAGUAAUAGAAAAAUGACAUCAAGCUUUUAGAUUUUUUUCCAUUAUUUUGUCAUUUGGUGCAACCACUAUGUUUGAAUAAUUCAUUCUACUGCAAAACUUGGACCCUGUUACUAAAAAAAUCAGGAUCCUCAUCUAGGAACAUUUGCAUUGAGGCUGUUUUAGUUAUGUUCUUUGUUUCAGCUCUACUAAAGUAAAGUUAUCCUAAUGUCAGCAGACUACAUAUCCAGCCUUCCAGCAGCAAUAAAUUACUUUGUACUGCUUAACAUGAACGCUGGUAUUUAUAUGAUUGCUUGAACCUCUGAGUGACAUCUUAGUAUUUUAAUUAACAGGCUGUUUAAUGCCUGAGAUAAAUUUUUAUUAUAAAAAUUAUCUUUAGUAGCCACAAAGCUAACAGUUUAGUUUGUCAAUGGCUCACUUGCUUAAAGCUCUUAUUCACUUUGUAUAAACACAUCAAUUGUGUCAGUUAUUGAAUAAAUUACUGAAUACCAAGAUGAUGUUAAUUUCAUUAAGAAGUAAUUUAAGGUUACAUUUUCUUUAAAACAGGGCCCAUAUACACAAAGAAUCCUAAGACUAAAAGUAGCUCCUAGUGACGUCAUUCUAACAAAAAUUGUAGAAUUUCUCGAAAGCUACGAUUUUUCUUAGAAUUUUCCCUCGGUAAGAUAAAAGUGAUUCAUGAAGCACCUUAGGCCUUAAGAGAGCUCCUGACGUGAGGAAAUGUUAAGAGUAGUGAAGAGGACUUUUAGAGGACGUUGGCAGAAAGACAUAGAAUGGAGAGAUAUUCUCCAAACAAUGAAUAACAGCGAAUUAAUAAAACGCUACUGCUCGAUCAUGCAGGGAUCCACCCCUAAACAGUAAAGUAAAUGAGCACAUAAACUUCUAUAACAAUCAUACAAUUAUUAAUAUAGAGAUAAGAUAAACAUUAUCAUCCCCCUAGGGGUAAAUUAAAUUGUUUACACGGCAGGACAGAUACCUCUAGCACCUCUAGUAAUCUAGGAAGGAUAAAUAACAGAAACAAUAAUAAAUAACCUUGAAUAAAAAGUGAACCAAAUUGCAAGCAAUAUAGUACAGACUUAUUUAAAUAUUUACAGACUGUAAAAAUGUUGCAAAACUCAAAAAAUAUACAUAAAUACACAUUUACUUAAAUACAAACUCUAGACAAGAUACAGUACACUAAUCUAAGCACUACAUAAACAGAAGGAAGAUGUUAAUGAGGUGAAUACGUAUUUGAUGUAUUGUACGUGAUGAUGUCAGCAGCCUAAGCCUAAAUGGUCAUCUACAAUGCUCCUCGUCUGUGGAGAAGUUCUCUGGUGUGCUGCUAUCUCCUCUUUAGGUUCUGAUUGCAGCAGGUGCCAGCGCUGCUCACAUUCCAGGCUGGUGCUGAAAGCAAAGGGAACGACACAUUGAUCUGCUCGGGCAUGCCUGUUCGUUUGCACCUCAAUCCCAGGACCAAAUCUACCUUUAAACACUCCUCUCUCCUCCACCAGCAGGCUCUGAUCCUCUGUCCAGUUUGGUUUUCUUCACCUUUUGUUCUCCGUUUUGUUUUAGUUGUUUUACCAAACUAAACCUCAUUAUAUAAGAAGGAGAUCAGAAAAUGCUGAAUUUUAAUUUUAAUAUGAAAUAGAUGCAUUAUGAAAAUGACCAGCAUGGCAAGUAAACAUAAUAAUAAGCAGAUCAGAAUAAUGAUGAGCAUGUAAAUAAACUACGUUUAAAGCUGUUGAUGUUGGCUAUUAAUUUAAUCUUGUUACGUUUUAUUAUCAUGAUUUACACAAUUUUGAAUCCAGUCUAAAAUCUAUCAUCGGUUAAUUUCUUUCCAUUGAUUACUAGGAGUGCAUUUUUGUUGUUGUUUCUUUUAACAACCAAUCACAACUCUUAGAAGACAGCAUCACACCUAGCAACAGGGUCAACCACACCUUCUAAGAUACGAAGUUCUGUCGUCUCCUCGCUCAGUCGCUCUCAGCAGAGGACGGAAUCACUCCUAAGCUAGAAGUCCUUGGCAGGAAUUUUUAAGCUAAGAUAGGAGCUCUGAGAGAACUGAGAAUCUUUUGUAAAUACGGGCCCUGGUCUAUACCUGUUCUUUUAUUAUACAAACUAAGCAACUUUGGUUAUGUCCUUUUUACACAUUGGCAUGUGUAAAAAAAGUUCCACCCCCAUGCAUACACACAUAUGCCAUGCACUAGGCAUGCCAUGGAUAUCCAUCUCAAGGUAUCGAACACUUUUUAAAAGUGAUGCAUUGAAAACACCCAAAAAUUUGCUUCAAACCAAUCCUGCGGGUUAAAGUUUCUUAAAGUUGAACUAAACCCAAUGUAAAAGCAUAACCCCACCCCCAGACACAUUUUUGAAAAAGCCACCAAAGUGGGCAUUGCCAAGAGACACUCAGGAGCACGGCCAAGUGUGGGGAUGAGCACAGGGGGUUAAGCGGGGAUGUGGUCCGGAGGAUGAGGGAAAGUGGCAGCUAGCUUAAUUUUACAUAGUGAAACAUGGAGAGUGAGCAGAGCAACGCAAUUAGUUUUGCCAUGGAUAGAUCUUUUGAGGUGGAGGAUUCUUCACCUAUGUGGAGCCCAUCAGGCCUGAGUCUUAUCUGUUCAAGCCGCUGACUUGGCAAUGGCCAAAACAGGCCCUGCUGAGAUAGUGGAGGACAGAAUGCGGACGUGUCUGAUUGAGAUGAUUUUAUGCCCGAACAUGGUGAUGUGACAUAGACCUGUACCAAGCUGUACCAAUUCAACUACAGUAGCCACUGUUCAACCCAAAGGGGGCAGCACUAAGAUGGUUUUAGGACAAAUAUUACAGAAUUAAACAAGUUUACAUGAAAAUGUAAAAUAAAUGUAAAACAUUGCACAGUAACCUAAAGAUGGCAUCCAAGGCUCAAUUUCUAGAGUUUAUCUGGAAAGGAAAGUUGAUAUGGGGUUUAUUUUCACUUUAUUAGGACGCCAGAGUAAAUUCUGGUGUGAGUGGAGUUCUCUUCAAUUUAAUUAGGAGAGCACACCUCCCUUAACUGUUCAGCAACGUCUUGCUCACUGCUACUCAUUAAUGUUGUUUACAAGAAAAAAAACGUUGGCUGUUUGGAACGACAUGUCGUGGAAACUAAAGGAAAGGCAGCUAACGUAAUGCUUGAAAGCACAGUUUAGUAUGUUAAGAGGCUAAAGCAUCAGAUAUGUAAAGCAGGAGACUGCAGGCAAGCUUAUAUAGCCCAUAGCUUGGCUAAUUAACCAGCUAGCGUCAGCUUAUUUGACUCUCAGUGUUGCUUAGUAAGGAGCAGAACAACUUGCUCCUUACUUGUCAACAAGAAUAUUCUGCUCAUUUACUUGUUUACUUAAAAACCUCUACUUGAUUUCUACUUCAUUCCAUAUUUAAAUAUUUUAAUAACAACACACCUUUUAAAAUAACCUGCUGUUUUAACUGACACUGACUUUAAAUCUAACUAGUGUGACUUAAGAAUAAUUUAGUUUUUGAUCUUUCUGAAUAAAAAAAGAAAGUCUGAGCAAUCAACAAUUCAUCUUGUAAAUAUUUGGACUUAACUGUAAGAAUAUAUCUUAAUCAUCAAGGAUGAUCAUCAAGGACUUAAUCAGUUAAAAUCUAGAAGAAAUCCAAGCUGAAGAAAUGAUGUCAAAUAUUAGAAGUGUACACACAAGCAAUUUCUAAAUUAACCUAUGUGACAAGUGACUAAUGAACAGGAUUUAAAAGCUCCUCCUUUUUAAUUAAUGAGUGCCGACUUUAAUAACCUACAAUCAAAAAUGAGACCAUCCAAAUGCAGACAAUACUGGUGUGAAUCUAAUCCUCAGAAGGUACUGUGCUGUUACAGUGACUGCCAAUAGUCUAAAGGGUAUCCCAGUAGGGAAAACUGUUGCCUGCAAAGCUGAAGUGCUCCAUCUUAUCUGGUGUACCUUAUACUGAUGUAUAUGUAUCAACAUGGAGGUUUAUAUUUUUCUUAGUUGUUAAAAGGUAAAUAAGAAGAGUGGUGACAAAUGUAAAGUAUUUGUACACGUAUUGUGGGGAAAUCUGGCUGUAAAUAUAUGAAACACUUGAGAUAAUAUUUACAUAUCUGUGAAUGCCGUCCAUUGUUCUUUGCUUUGCUGCUAUUUUGUCAGUUUUAAUUCAGUAUGUUGUCUGAGAUGCUUCUCUGCAUGUAUAAAGCAUGUUUCUUGCACCUUUCCUGGUAUCACUCAUAACACAAAAUUGAAGACUCUAAGAAUUAAAACCAAUGUCACAUGAGUAUGCCAAGGUUUUAAGGAAUACAGCUUUACCUCAUUGCAGUAAAGCAAUAGACUGCAUACCAUGAGCUUGUUGAGUUACAACCACAGUAUAUCACAAUGUUGAAUGUUUACCAUCUCUUAUAAUGAUGUCUUUAACCACUAUUUAAGUUUCACCUGAAAAGGUUCCAAAGUUUUGAUGUAAAUGCUCAAACAGAGGUUAUACAGAUUUUGUUCUUGACACCAGUGGAUUAAAAGCACCUAAUAAAUUUAAUCAGCAUCCUAAUUCCCCCUGUCGGAGGCGAGGAUUGUUUCCUGAAGAGAUCAGGGGCGAUGUUGUUGAUGACUAUGCUUAGGGUAGAGCUGACUGUCCAGAUGUUAAUGCUGAAGACAGGAGGAGCUUUUUUCUAAUCAACCUGUAAUUGACAAUAUACUCCUCGAGGUCUGUUCUUUAGUUGUGUUGUUGGCUCAUAUAUUUGUUUAAACUAAGGUAAACUCAAUAGCUAGAUUAGAUACUGCAUUACAAUAACAGAAUGGUCUUUUUUUUCUUUCUUUCAGACCUGCAGACAGACACAUUACAUGUCAUGUCUAUGAUACAGAAUAGUAUGUUGCAACGUUUAAACGACUGAUUGGGCUUCCUCAUACUCCAUAUUUGUUGAAAUAAUAACCACAAAUGUAAUAGUGGAGUGUACUUGCUACAUCUUGUACAUCUUUGAAACCACUAACUUCAAAAUAUUUUAUAGGGAUUGUACAUUGGUAGAUAUACUCACCGUUGUGCUUCAUAAGUAGUAAAGUAGAAGACAAAAAGAAAGUUUUCUAAGUGAGAUCAAUUGUGGCAGAAAAUUAACACUACAUCACCCGAGAGAGACCAACAACUUGGUAAAGGAUGAUAGUGGCAGCAUCCUGCUGUGGGGAUGCUUUCAUGGAGAUGGUGUAAAGUGUGAAACAACUGAAAAUAUGUCUUAUAUUCUAGGUUCUUCAAAGUAGCCACCUUUUGCUUUGAUUACUGCUCUGUACACU